UCUAAAACAGCUAAACUUUGUGCUCGCUUUGCUUGUUUACAAUAAUACUUUACUGUUUUCUUCUAAAAUAACGUAAAAUCUUGUUAAUUAACUAACUAAAUAAGAAUAAUAAUCAAAAGCGUUCUCCUAUAAUAUUUUACGUAAGAAUACAACUAUUGAAAAUGGAGACUAUAUUGGAACAACAACGAAGUUACCAUGAAGAGAGGGAACGAGCUAUGGAUGCAAUGGUUAAAGAGAUUUUGCACAAAAAGACUGGGCAUCGCGAAACUAUCAAUGCAGACCACCGUCUUAAAAAUUUACAUGACAGGUACAUAGAAUCUUCAAUAAGGCUUAAAGAGCUGUAUGAAGACAAAGAUGGUUUGCGCAAAGAGGAAAUUGCAGCUUUGUCUGGUCCUAAUGAGUUUCAGGAGUUCUAUGCAAGACUUAAACAGAUUAAAGAAUUUCAUAGAAAACAUCCCAAUGAGAUAUGUGUACCUAUGUCAGUUGAAUUUGAGGAAAUUGCGAAAAUGAGAGAGAAUCCCUCCGAAGAUUAUACAACACCAGUUGAGUUUUCCGAUGAGGAGGGCUAUGGAAAAUACUUAGACUUGCACGAAUGUUAUGAAAAAUAUAUCAACUUGAAGGGAAUAGAGAAAGUCGAUUACAUUACGUAUUUAAGUUUAUUCGACCAUCUUUUUGACAUACCGCGAGAGCGCAAGAACAGCGAAUACAGGAACUAUAUAAGGGCACUGCUGACGUAUCUCAAAGACUUCGUGAGUAGAGUGAAGCCCCUUCAAGAUCAGGCGCAAGAAAUGGCUGCGGCGCAUCAGGAGUUUCUUAAAGUUUGGGAACCUGGGAUGUUUCCUGGUUGGCCGAAAGAAACCGGCGGUGCCUUGACUAAUGUAGGUGCACAUUUGGACUUAUCCGCCUUCUCGUCGUGGGAGGAACUUGCGUCACUUGGGUUAGAUAGAUUGAAGUCAGCUCUUAUGGCGCUUGGUUUAAAAUGCGGCGGGACUUUAGAAGAAAGGGCACAAAGAUUAUUUAGCACGAAAGGUCAAACGGCUCUUGAUAAAUCUCUGGUCGCAAAGAAAGGGGCAAAUAAGGCCAAGGCAACAACGCAGCAACGGCACAAAGAUAUUGCAGCUAUUGAAGCCCAAGUUUACAGAUUCGCAAAUAUAGUGAGCAGUACUCGUGCAGCCACAAUUGAAAACGUGACAAGACGCGCCGCCCGAGCCGCAGGCGAGCGUCGUGACGAGAGCGAUGAAGAGAGUGACACGUCCGUUACAGGCGACGUCGACUCGGACGACGAUGAAGUGCCAUACAACCCGAAGAACUUGCCGUUGGGUUGGGACGGAAAGCCCAUUCCAUAUUGGUUGUACAAACUGCACGGGCUGAAUAUCAGUUACUCGUGCGAAAUAUGUGGUAAUUUCACAUACAAGGGGCCCAAAGCAUUCCAGCGUCACUUCGCCGAGUGGCGGCACGCUCACGGCAUGCGGUGUCUUGGCAUUCCCAACACGGCUCAUUUCGCCAAUGUUACACAGAUUGAGGAUGCUCUUGCUUUGUGGGAAAAAAUUAAAAACCAAAAGGAGGGUGAGAGAUUUGUGGCAGAGAAUGAUGAAGAAUAUGAGGAUUCGCAAGGAAAUGUUGUUAACAGGAAGACGUAUGAGGAUUUGAAAAGACAAGGGCUUCUAUAAAUAAUAUAGUGUAAUAUUGCAACAAUCUUUGUGUGCUAGGAUUAAAUGUUUUUAAAAG